AUGACAAAAUGUGAUAUUGGGAUAAUUGGAGCGAAUUGUGAUGCAUUGUGUCGUUUUCCAAACUACGGACAGAAUUGUCAGUUUCUAUGCAUUUGUAAAGAGGAGCUAUGCGAUCCAGCAUACGGAUGUCAAAGUAACUUCAGUUCCAGAAGUACUAUAAUUAUACCAACCAUAACUAAAGACAAACGGUCAACUGCUAACACUUUGCCAACCUUCAGAAGUGAAUGUGAUAUUGGGAGAAUUGGAACAAAAUGUGAAGCAAUUUGUCGUUAUCCAAAUUACGGAAAGGAGUGUCAACUCCAUUGUAAUUGUAGCCAGGAGGACUGCAAUCCAGCUUAUGGAUGUCAAAGUAACUUAAGUUCCAGAAAUAUUUUUAAUCCCACUCCAUCCGAAUACAUCAGUCCAAAUGAUACAACAGUUCAGGUCACAGAGAAAAGUUUUCAAGGGACAAUUGGCAUCCAAAACAGUUCAAUAAAUGCAACCAAGAAAAAAGAUCAGUCGUACUUCCAGACAAUAAACAAUACCAUUUUUGUUUGUCUGGCAAUUAUAGCAGUGGUGUUAUAUGUAUCACAUGUUUGUUUAACAGUACACAAGAAGAGGUCCUCAGGCAGAUCGUGUUUUACAAACAGACAGUCAAUAUCUCUUGAGUAUGUAUAACAUUUUAGAUAAAUUUAACCUAAUUCCAAAUAGAGGACGAUGUUCUUGUGUAACGCAAUAUACCACUUAUAAUGUUUUUUUUC